AUGGUUUCGCUGCAGUUUCUCGUGGCGGCCGUUGCAAGCGUGGCCUUGCUGGCUCAUUCAUCGCUGGCACACUCUGUAAAGCGAAAUCCCGUCAGCCGCAUUUCAUUAGUACAGGAACCCGUCAUCAAGACGCCUUCGCAUCGCGUGCACGCAUUUUCUAAAUUCGAUGUCACCUUUACAUUACAACAUGGCCAGCAGAAGAUUCGCCUGGCCCUCGAACCCAAUCACGAUGUCCUCCACGAAGACUUCUCUGUCACGCAUCUCAACGAUGACGGAUCAGUCCGGGAAAUAGUAAAAGUCCCCCGUUCGGAGGACAAGGUAUACCGCGGAGACGCAUUCAUUGAGCGCCCCGGCAUACAAGGAUGGUCCAAGGCUGGCUGGGCACGAGUGACGGUUCAUCAGGAUGGAGAAAAGCCCGUCUUUCUUGGCGCCUUUCGUAUUGACGGCGACAAUCACCACAUUCUCCCGCGGUCCGACUACCAGUCAAUGAAGGACGAAAGGGAUCCUGCUGUUGACUCCUCCGCCGCCGACGACGUAAUGGUUGUGUGGCGCGACUCCGAUGUCAUGGACUACCAUGACGGACAUGGCGAGCUGAAGCGCGAUCUUGCCCACUCGUCCAAAUGCAACACUGACACCCUGGAGUUUAACGCCAAGUUUUGGCAAGAUGUGGACGAAACCGGCAAUUCCCUUAAAUCUAUGAGCCUCCCAUCUCUCUUUGGUCGGCAAAUUGAUAGUGGCGGUGGCGGUACGGGCCUCAACUUGCUCGAUUCCAUCGGAAGUUCGGCCGGCUGUCCAACUACGAAGAAGGUGGCUCUGGUGGGUAUUGCUACUGACUGCAACUACUAUUCGGCAUUCAACGACACAAAGGUUAUCAAGAGACGGAUCAUCAGUAACGUAAACUCAGCCUCUGAGCUGUACGAGAGCACCUUCAAGAUCUCACUGGCUAUCAAAAACCUGACCAUCUUCGACCGACCAUGCACCGGUACUACGCCCGCCAACACGCAGUGGAACGUUAAAUGCAGCGGCGGUGUAUCUAUCAACGAUCGCUUAAACACGUUUUCCAAGUGGCGUGGUGAAUCCAAAGAUGAGAAUGCCUACUGGACCCUCUUCACAACCUGUGCCACGGACACGGCCGUUGGCCUGGCCUGGCGAGGCAUGCUCUGCCGGACCGGCGCCAGCGAUCAGGGCAGCAGCGCUCAGAACGAGACGGUUGCGGCCACCAAUGUCGUUGUCAAGUCGGAUACUGAGUGGCAGAUUUUUGCCCAUGAGACCGGACAUACCUUUGGAGCCGUCCAUGACUGUGUACCGCAGACGUGUCCAGUCAAGGGCCCCUCUCAGGCCUGCUGUCCGCUGAGCAAAGACCAGUGCGAUGCUGGUGGCAAAUACAUCAUGAAUCCUUCUACCGGCAGUGGUAUAACGUCCUUCUCACCCUGCAGCAUCGGCAACAUUUGCUCAGGCCUCAAAUCCAACCAGAUCAAGGGCAACUGCCUCACGGACAACAAGAAUGUCCAGACCGAUGUGGACAUUGGCAGUCAAUGUGGCAAUGGUAUCGUGGAGGCCGGUGAGGACUGCGACUGCGGCGGCGAGGCAGGUUGCAAUGGAAACAAGUGCUGCGAUCCCAAAACGUGCAAGUUCACCAGCGGCUCCGUCUGUGAUGCCUCCAACGAAGACUGCUGCACGGAUCAAUGCCAGUUUGCAUCGACCGGCACCGUCUGCCGCCCCAGCACCGGCGACUGCGACGUUGAGGAAUCCUGUCCCGGCGACAAGGCCGCCUGCCCGGCCGACAAGCACAAGAACAACGGCGACUCGUGCGGCAAUGGGCUCCAAUGCGCGUCAGGGCAGUGUACCUCGCGCGACCUGCAGUGCCAGCACAUGGCCAACAGCUUGACGGGCAGAAACAACACCAAGGCUUGUCCCGAGACGGAGUGCAUGCUCGCCUGUACGUCGCCCGACCUCCCCUCCAACCAGUGCAUCACGUACAACCAGUUCUUCGUGGACGGGACCAGCUGCGGCGCCGGCGGCCACUGCUCCAGCGGCAGCUGUCAGGGCAGUUCGACGAUCAAGGAAAUCGGACAAUGGAUCGACAACCACAAGGCAAUCUUCAUCCCCAUCGUCUCGGUCGUCGGACUCCUCAUCAUCAUUGCCAUCAUUAGCUGCAUCACGGGCAGCAUCCGACGCCGCAUGCACAAACGGAGGGUGAGAAAGCAGGCGGUGCCCGGGAUGAACAGCAGCUGGCCGCCUUCGUCGUUCAGCGGACAGCAGCAAUGGGGCGGUCCGAGGCCGUGGAACGGACCGCGACAGACCGAGUCGUCCGGCGCUCUGUUUUCCCCCGAGCAGCAGCAUCAACAGCAGCAGAGUGGGUUUUACGAUCCGCCGCCGGCGGCAAACGCAGACGGAAGGUGGGGGAACCAGCGGAGCAUGCGGUACAUGUAA